CAUCCGUGUCCAAUGUGAGGGGGAGGUGAAACAGUUGAGAGCUUACUGUGCUAUUAACUGGCAUUAUUUAGUUGCCUCAGUCUGGAGAAGAGACGAGUCAAGACUACUCUCCCGUCAGAAUUCCACCCAGUUGGAUCAACAAUGACUUCCCAUGUGAAACUCCGGAAGGAGAGAGUCGGUGUGGUGGACUACGACACACAAGUCAAAGAGGUGCGUUGCCAACUUGUAGACCAACUGAAGGUGUUGGACUUGCAACUUGAGCAGAAGAGCCAGCAGCUGCAAGACCUGACAGACUACCUGCGGCGGCGGGGUGAGCUUGAAAGCGAGUAUGCCCGCUCCCUGGACAAACUUGCUGAAAAGUUCACUUCUAGGAUCAAGAGGAAGGAGCCCAGCAGUCACUCUGUGUCCCAGCUCUGGCUGGCCCUGCUGUCCCAGACCCGCCAAGAAAGUAAGGACCACAAUGGACUUAGUGAGCGCUGCAGCAACUUCCUCCUCCAGCCCCUCACACAUUGCCUGGAGUACACACAGCGCCUUGCAAAGAAGAGUAAAGACAUCUGUACUCAGCUUCAAGACGGGCUACUAAAGGUUACCACAGAGCUACAGACAGCAUGGCGGACAUACUACCAGUACCACUCAGACUAUUUGUGUGCAGAGGGGAAGCUGAAGGAGGCAGAGAAACAGGAGGAAAAGCAUAAGCAGAGUGUUUCUAAAAAGCUGGAGAGGUUGAUAGAAAAAAGACAAGGUAAGGUCCAAGAGAUCAACCUGAAGUGCAGCAAGGCCCGAAACGAUUACAUCCUAAACUUGGCUGCAGCCAAUGCCUCAAUGAAUAAGUACUACCUCCAAGACAUCUCUACUCUCAUAGAUUGUGCAGAUGUAGGGUACCACCUCUCUUUAGGCCGGGUGAUGCAGGCUUACCUGUCCAGUCGGUGGCAGACCCAGCAGAACCUGAGUACAGGGCUGCACCAGCUCCAGAGCACCGUCUCAGGACUGGACCAGAGUCGGGACAGAGACCUCCUCCUGCAGGAUCACUAUAACACCUUCUGUAUGCCCCUUCGCUUCUCCUAUCAGCCUCAUGAUGGAGACCAGGUUUCCGAGGUGAGUGCAGAGUGUGAGAUGAGAUGCGAGCUGGAGACCAGAUUCAAACAGAUACAAACCAGACUGAAGGCAGUCACAGAGGAAACCGAGGAGGCUAGUAAGCACAUGUUGGCGGCCCAGUCUUCCCUGCUGGAGAGUAUCGGGGAUGAUGAUCUGGAGCCCAGCAGUGGGUCGUCUCAGGAGGGCAGCACCGAGAACCUGGCGGUCAAGCCCAGUGUGACCCGCCGCAGGGCCAACAUGCAGGAAACGGAAAACCUCUACUUCACUAGAGUAAAAGAGCACCUCGUAGGCAGCUCCCUGGUAUCUAAACUGCAAGCCAAACACGACCAGCUAAAAGUGGCUGUGGAAAAAGAAGAAACAAAUGGACAUCAGCCUAGAAACAAUGGAAAGUCUCUGCUUGUCAGGAGGAAUCACUCAAGUGCCAGUUUGCUGCACAACCACAAACUUUUCAGUGGAGACAUGCUGUCCUUCAUAGAGGCAUCAGGACAACAGAUUCCAAUUGUUGUGGAAAGUUGCAUUUGCUUUAUCAACCUCAAUGGCCUCCACCAUGAAGGGAUAUUUAGAGUGCCGGGGUCUCAGAUCGAGGUCAACAACCUGAGGGAUGCAUUUGAGCGAGGAGAGGACCCCCUGGCUGAGCAGAGCUAUGAACUGGACUCAGUUGCUGGAGUGCUGAAGCUCUACUUCAGAGGUCUAGAGAGUCCCCUCUUCCCCGUCGACAGCACCAGCCAACUCCUGGAGCACGCCCAAAUUAAUAAUGAGGCAGAGAGGGCAGCUCAGCUCAAAAUGGUCAUCUCUUCCUACCCUGAGCCCGUCAUCAUUGUCAUGAGAUACCUCUUUGCAUUCCUUCAUCAUGUGUCUCAGUACAGUGAUGAGAACAUGAUGCAGCCUUACAACCUGGCUGUGUGUUUUGGCCCCAGCUUGGUAAGAGGGGCUCACGAUGAUGAUGUCGUCAUCCUGCAGCCUCAGAUCAACUACCUGGUGAAGAGCAUCAUCCUCCUGCACGAAAGCAUCUUCCCCAGCCCGAGCGACGUACAAGGACCAAUGUACGAGAAAUGCAUGACACUGGAACAAGCGGACUGUGAGCCUAUUGUUGAAGAAGGAGAUGUAGAAGCAGAGUACACCCAGAGCAAAGACGAGUUGGAGGCAGGAUCCUCAGCUGACAACAGCUCCAGCUCGUCUGCAGCACCAUCACAGAGAAAAGCAGAACGUCCUCGAGCAAACAGCGGCAGUUCAAUUGACAAAAGCAGGUUGACAGCUGGACAAGUUGGGGGCAUCAUCACUUCAGGUGCAAAGUUAUUGCUCCAGAUUCCCAUUGGGCCCCGGCGAGGCCACUCUCCUGGCUAUGUACGAAAAGUAUUACAGGAGCACUCGUCUUCGGAGGAUAUUGUCGUUACAGUGGACAAGGAGGUCUGUCGCCAGAUGGACUCGGUCUUCAUGGAGCUUAUCUCGCGGAAAGCACUGCAGGAUCCUCCUUCCUCCACCGCCUCCACUCCCUCUGCCCAAGCUCCACAAACGAAAGGGAAGCGGGAUGGACGCAGGGGGAGAGGAGUAGGGCUCUUCAGAGCAGCAGAGCAACCGGACUGAGAGGACUGGCAUCAGAAGAUGAAAUGGACAGAGGGAGAGAGAGGGAGAGAGAUGGAGAGAGAGAUGGAGAUGCUGUGCUCUGGCUGUAGUUUUCAGCACAUCAAGUUCUAGAAAACUGAGAUCUCUGACCCCUAGUCACUUCUCUGAGGUCCUUGUGAUUGGUUUGGGCUUCUUUCCAUAGGGUGACUCUCCAAUCAUAACUCUUUAUUUUUAUUUUUAUUUUUAUUCCUGUUUAAAAACAGCAGCUGCUGUGACUGCAAUACAAUGUGGAAACUGUGGAUUACUUGAAAUGCACAGAUGUGUUUUGUGUGCAGCUGAAUGUGGUUAUGCAAUUUAUGACUUUUUUUAUAUCUGCAUCUGUGUAGGUAUUGAUAUUCAACUGCUUCCAGUUUAAGCUCAGUGAUUUGUUUUGUUUUGUUUUGUUUUGUUUUGUUUUGUUUUUGUCUGCAAACGCACAUCUAAAUAAAAGCACACAUACAUUCUUCAUCAACUGUGUUUACCAAUAUGAGGUGGAGUUACAAAGUUGAUAAGACAACUGUGAAUACUGUAGCUGUAAGGAAUUUAUAUAUUCAUUAUUUCUAACUUUUCACUCUUUGAUCUUUCUGUAUAUCUAGGCUACAUGCCAAAUAAAUAUUUUGUCCAUUCUUGA